AUGGACAAUAAAAAGGCAGCAGAGGAUCUGACUCAUUACUUUAAAACAUUCUCUGGGAACAAUCUUCAAAAAGAGCUACUGAAAGCUCCCCGAUCCACUGAUGAUGUCCUGGCUCCCACCACUCACCUCAUCAGGAAGAGAAGAGAGGAGCUGGACAUGCACAAGGCCAUGGAAGCCCUUCAAGAGGAGAAUAAAUUGAAAAACGGCCGUGCAUUGAAGACAGCAGUGAAGGAGAGAGAGCUAGCUCGUCAGAAAGCAGCGCACCUACUCAUCCUGAGACAGGAGCUCAAGGCUCUCACUAAAGAGAGAGAAAAGAUUGCCGGUCUUGUAGAGAAACAUGAAAUCUACCCCCGCUUUCUAGAUAAAGUGGUCAAAGCCAGCAAGCAGUUCCAGGAGGCGUGGCAGGUGAUGUCCAGGGUGGACAGUCUGGUCCAGACCAGGGAAGAACUACUGACCAGCAUCAAGCAGAACCAGGAGUGUUGUGAGACGGCCCGGACCCAGCUGACCCAGUACCUGGAGCAGAACGACGACCGCCUGCUGCACUACAACAACAGGCUGGCCAAGCUACAGAGGAUUCUGGACAGAGUACGCAGUGAGACCAUGCUAUGGGAGUCCCGGUGGGCUCACAUCCAGAAUUCGGCAACUACGAAGGCCAUGCUCCUGGGCACCAUCAAGAUGGCCACCGCCAACCUGUACCAGACUACCAGCAAGAAGGCCCAGGAUGGGUGGGGCGAGGUCGCUCUGAAGGACACUCUCAAACAGCUGGAUAAGCUCUGGCCAUCGGAGUGA